AUGUUCGUUCGGAAAUUUCAGGGAGAAAUCCUCAAAAAGGAGGGGCAUGAACCACCAAAAGGGGAUAAAGCACAGGGAUCUCACUCAAUGAGUUUAACAACUUCUUUUGUGGAUCCGGAAAACGCGAAGCGCGAGCGACCGGUUGUGGAUGUCUCAGCUCCGUAUAAUCCACUGGAUGAGACGCAUCAAAUACGAAAAUUGGGAGUACAAAAACUCGCUAUUGGGUUCCUUUCCCUCAACGGUUUCACAGGUGCACACGAGGAGGUACCUUACACGGAUUCCAUGAGUACAUACGAAUGCGUGAGGUACGGUAUGAUAGGCCUCAAUGUGUGGUUCGCAAACUUUUUCUUGGUUCGCGCGGGUAAUUCCGGUUCACCUGUAGGACAUCCACGGACACGGUUUGCGUGGAACAUAGCGUUUUUAAUGGGAAUUAUACGAGUGAACUUGGCGGGUAUUGUUGGAAUUGGUGGGUACUUUUACUCGUAUGAAUGGCUCUAUACCCAUGGGCCGGCGAUGUUCCGUAUUAAAGAUCCCUCCCCAAAUGCGUAUAAGCGGGCAUGGGAUGAGGGUCAAAGUUGUUACUUGUCUCGUGCAGCCGCUUGCAUUUUCCCGCCACUCGGCUACGCCAUCUUUAUGGGGCGCUGGAAGAAAACCGCUUUUUGGUUUGUCUUCACACUGGCGAUGAGUAUGCAGUAUGAAUAUGCGCGGCAUUACAUUCUUCCUGGUAUGCGGUUGUUUUAUAGCUUUCAGGCGAACCGAGAGACGCAGCGGCAGGCAAAUUGGGGUUCACUCGCUCCCGUAUUGGAACAUCGUGUGGAUCCUGAUACCAAUCGUAAUGCAAGCGUGGCAGCGUCGCGGUAUAUGCGUAUUACUCAAGGUCCACUUCAGGAUACUAUUUGGGCUAAUGCAACGCAUGAGAAUUUACCUUUCCACCGCUACGGUAUGAAGCUGCCAAACCCGUAUUAUAACUGGCAGAAGGCACCGCAGGGGUACAAUAGCAAGCCAUAUCGUUUCAAGAAUGAUUUAUGGGACCUGCCAAAUGUAUUGAACACAUCUAAAGCAAAUUUUCGUAUCUAA